UUCCCUCAAAAAUGGACCUUGACAUCCAGUGUGAAGAACUCAGUGAAUCAAAAUGGAAAGAACUUGUUCCUUCCUUGACCCAGUACAAAACUAUUAGGCUAGAUGACUGCAGACUCCUGAGUCCUCACUGUGAAGAUCUCGCCUCUGUUCUGAGUUCCAGCCAGACUCUGACUGAACUGAAGCUGAACAACAAUGAACUGGGAGAUGCUGGUCUGGAGAAACUGUGCAAAGGAUUGAUGAAUCCAAGCUGUAAGCUUCAAAAGCUAUGCCUGCAGAACUGCAACCUGACCAAAGCCUGCUGUGAGAAUCUCCGUACUCUGCUCAGCACAAAACCAUCUCUGACUGAGCUACGUCUGGGAGACAACCGGUUGGGCACUUCCGGGAUUAAAGUACUCUGCGAAGGUCUUCUGGACCCUCACUGCCAACUACAGAAGCUUCAUUUGGACUAUUGCGAACUCUCGGUAAGAAACGCAGAGGCUCUCAGUUCUGCGCUGCGCACCAAGACCCUCACUGAACUCAACCUGAGCAACAACAAGCUGGGGGAUGCAGCUGUGAAACAGCUGUGCGAGGGCUUGCUGGAUGCUCACUGUCAACUGGAGUCCCUACAGUUGGAGAGCUGUAGGAUCACAGCUGCCAGCUGUGGGGAUCUUGGCACUGUUCUCAGUACGAAGCCAUCCCUGAAAGAACUCUGCAUAGGCGAGAAUAAGAUUGGCAAUGCGGGUGCCGCACUCUUGUGCCAGGGUGUCUUGAAUCCAGAUUGCAAAAUAGAAAAGCUUUGGUUAUGGGAAUGUGAUUUCUCAGCUGCCAGCUGCAAGGACCUCUCCAAUGUCAUUAGUACCAAAGAGUCUCUCAAGGAAAUAAGCCUGAUUGGAAAUGACCUCAAAGACGAAGGAAUGGAGCACUUAUGUCAAGGACUGAAGAGUCCAAAAGCUGCAGUCCAGUCGCUGUGGUUAAGAGAAUGUGGCUUGACUGCAGCCUGCUGUAAGAGUAUUGCGUCUGUUCUCAGCCAAAAUGGUCGCUUGAAAGAGUUACAAAUAGGUAGCAAUAAUCUUCAAGAUGAGGGAGUAGCUCAGAUCUGUGAAGGACUGAUGGACCCCAACUGCACCUUACAGGCUCUCUGGUUGGGUAACUCAGAACUCACCCCUGCUUGCUGUGACAAACUGGCUGCUGUCAUAGCUGCUAAGCAGAGCCUGACAGAGCUGGAGGUGAGUAACAACAGCCUGGAGGACGAAGGCGUCCGCAAACUCUGCGAAGCCGUGAGAAAUCCAAACUGUCACCUGCAGCAUCUCAUUUUGUACGAUAUCUUCUGGAGUUCAGAAAUAGAGGAUGAACUGGCUGCCCUGGAAGAGUCAAAACCUGGAUUUAAAGCGAUUUAUUGA